AUGUGGAAGCAAGAUGCUGGUACUGCUGAGGUGGGAAGCAAAAUACCUUUCUUAGUGGCAAUAAGUGACGAUGAGCUUGGAAGUAUCAAUCGAGCCAACGAUCCUUGUUCGUCGCCUGAGUACAACCCUGCUACACCUCCCUCAAAAACACCAAAACAACCUCGUCUGCCAUUCAAAGAUGCUCCUUUUCACCCAGGCUUGUACAGGUCAACAGGCUCUGCGGUGACUAUUAGCGAUUCUGCCAUUCAGAACCCAACUGUAGCUCGCGGCAUUAUGCUCUCCGGUAUGCUGCCGGUAGAUCGUCAUUGUUACGACCAGAUGACUGGUAUAGAUCAAGCUCUUGACCGUGCAACUCAAUUUCACUUCGCCGGUCUUUCACUUGUUCGAAAGGUUGGUGAGAUCCAUUACGAGGCCUUAGUCAGGAGACAAAAAGCUCAUGAACUUGCCUUGCACCGUCUCGAGCGCGAGAAUGACAGAUUGAAGCGCCAGAUCGAAAGCCUCCACGCAGAGGGUCGUGAUGCUGACAAUGCUUUGAAGCUGAUGCGUAAGCAACGCGAUCGUGCCAACUUUAAGGUUAAAGGCCUUGGAGGUUAUGCUGCUGCUCCUUCUGAUGUCGAAAAAGCCGUUGACGGUGUUGACGAUAAGCUCUACUACCCGGAAGAGGAAUGA